AAUUAGAAAAUGACUGUCUUAUUCCUAGAAGCUACAGUACAUUGAUCACGUAUCACUUGUUCAGUUUUUCUCCUCCUCCUUAUAGAAUGUCUAAAAAAAUGCUUUUGGUUUUCUUUCACAUGUUAGGUCAUUUUACUUAUCAGACUUACCUUGUAUGUCCAACAGAAGGGAGGAACUUUCUCUUCAAGGAAAAAUUCAACUAACUCCAAACACAAAGAGGAAACAAUUACUCUUUUACUUGCUAUUUGAUACGCUUGCUCUUACCACUCUUAUUUUCUGUGGGAAUGUCCAAAGAAUGCGUUUCCUUGAAUAGAAGUCACAGCUGUGUAAAUAGCAAAAAGUAACUUUUUAUCCCAUAGCUUCUUUCAAGCGCAUUUGGCCAGGAGGCCAAAACUAGAUAAAGCUCCGAACGUUUUCCACUUGCCGGGGAGGCUAGUGGAAGAGCAUUGCGAUGGCUGUCUCAUCUUUUCUAGGCUACGGUCAUGAGCACAACACGAUUUUUUGAUAUCACAGCCUGUUGUUUGGGUCUGUGUUUUCAAAUAUUUGGGUGCUUUCAUUUGGGUGAUAGCUACAGUUCAGAAACUGGGCAAUAACAUUUCAACCAUAUAUCCUUUCUGUUAUCUUUUUGUAAUAGGAUUUUUAAACUCCAGUUUUCACCUUCAUGCAGAAGAUAAAAUGUUUCCAAAUCAAAAAUAAGGGGAAAUACGUUACACACCCUAGUCAUCUAGACCAGGAGUUGGCAAACUUCUUCUUAAAGGGCCAGAUUGUAAAUAUUUUCGGCUUUGAGGGCUGGGAAGCAAAAAGCAAGGAUAUUGUACAGCCCCAUGCCUGGAGGUUACGGGGUGAUGGCUGACGAUGGCUCUAUGGAUUAUAGUGUUCAUGAGGCCUGGAACGAAGCCACCAAUGUUUACCUGGUAGUAAUCCUUGUUAGCUUUGUUCUCUUCAUGUAUGCCAAGAGGAAUAAAAGAAAAAUUAUGAGGAUAUUCAGUGUGCCACCUACAGCAGAAACUUUAUCAGAGCCCAGCUUUUAUGACACAAUAAGCAAAAUCCGUUUAAGACAGCAACUGGAAAUGUAUUCCAUUUCAAGGAAGUAUGACUAUCAACAGCCACAAAACCAAGCUGACAGUGUGCAACUCUCGUUGGAAUAAAAUCACAGAAAAUGAACAACAUUAAAUAAUGGUUCAGCAGUGUGGUAGUAAGCUCCUAAAUAUACUAAAUCCAUGAACAGCAUUUUCUUUUUAAACCCUAUGUCCCUAAAAUCAUUUUACUUGUCAUUUUUCCCAGUUUUUUGUUUUGUUUUGCUUUUUAAAAUUACAUCUCCAAGUCAUUUAUUAUACAAAAAAAAGGGGGGGGAGCAGUCAAAAUACCUGGACGCAGAGAGUCUGCACAUACUUAGAAAGAUAGAAUAUAACCAGAGAUGGUGAUUUUACCUUGUGAAGACCUUUGAUUUCUUCAGGAUACAAUCAGUCAGGAAUAAAAAUACAUCUUUGGAAGUGAGACUCUGGAGAUUAUGCCACUUUGGUUUAAACAUUUUUGCAAAAUUAAAAAGUAAAAAUCCCGGGG